AUGGUAGUCAUACAGCUAUUGCUGUUUUUAUUCACGUGUGUUCCGGUUAGAUCCGAGAAUGUCCUCAAAGGAAGGAUAAACGGCAUCGUGUUGGACGUUGACGGUACAAACAGCGCCAACGUCGCGGUGGAAGAAGGCACUUUGUACGGAGUUGCCUUCAAAUCCUUCUUCCUGAGAGACAACCACUUCUUCACCAGCGUUGUAGAAGGCGGAGCCACUCUCUGGAAGUCUGGCGCUGAAGAAAAAUGCACCGCCGUAAAUAUCUUCAAGAGGGAGGGACACACUCCUCUUCUCACCCUUUACAGCAAGGGCCUGGGUCUUUCCUGUUUCGAGAAGGAGGCUGGCGAAUGGAAAGGCAUAGGGGCCGGGGAGUUUGACCUCAAGCAUGCCGGAAUGAGGGCCGGCUCCAGAGCCCUCCCCAAGUCUCCAAUUUUGGACAUUUCAAACCCAAAUAGGGACCUUGUAGAUGAAUAUGAAAGUGUUGUUAAGGAUAUACCCAAGGAUGUUCUAGGAGUCAUUUCUAGAGGAUCAUUUGAUGUUGACUUUGUUCUGGACGUUUCCAACCCAGACAUCUCAAAGGUCUUUACCAUUAAUGUUACACAUGGCGAUUUUGAUAACUUCAAGUUUGCCGCAUAUUCUGAACUCAGCAUUGCCAAGGUUGUGGAUGGAGGUAGGACCCUCUGGGAAGCAAGAUCUGACAAUAAGGGAACACUUGUAGAUCUCUUGUACAAGGCUAAAGAGUACGAGCUCUUUGCAGUAAUCCCCGAUAAAGAUGAUUAUUCUACCGGUUCAUUCUUUGAGCGUUUAGAUAACAAGUGGGUUUCAGUAGACUUUGAGUACUACCAGAACAAGCUCAACGACUACUACAAGGACAUGAUCUACACAAAAUCUCUCCUUCCCAUAGAAUCCUUCUUUAGUGAGGUUACUGAUGAUGGAGAGACGAUUUGGAGUGGCUUUGGAGAGAAGGAAUGCUCCAUGGCUCUUUACAAGUCAAGGAACGGAGUAGUCACCCUCAUCUUGCAAGUUGUUGGCAAGGGAAGCAAAGCGGGAUUCAGAUACUUCAAGAAUGAAGGUUCUGGAUGGGCAUCUAUGGACAAAGAGGAAUUUUAUAGUAUUGAUAAAAAUAUUCCCCAAAGGGAUGAGCAAAAACCAAGGAAACCAUGCACACUAAACAUCUCACACAUAAAUCCCAAUGACAUCUUCGUGAAUGAGGAAACAAGUGGAAAGGUCAAAGAUAUCACAUAUUUUCCCAAAUAUGGAAAGUAUAUAACCCUUGUAACUGAUGAGUCACACUUUAUCUGGGCUGCCAGGUCUGGGAAAAAAUGUUCCUUUGUCAGACAAAUUACUAAAGAUGGGAAAUACCAGUUACUAGCAGUUUAUGUUAAUGACGGUGAUCGAUCUGGAUUAUCAUACUUUGCAAGAGGCAGAGACGGGUGGAUAUCUAUUUCCAGUGGGAAUUUCUCUAGUAAAGUUCAAGCAAUGGUCGCAGCCUAA